GAAGUAGCUUUCGAGCAGAGAGUUUCAACGGGAAGGUGCUGUUUGGUUGGACAAAAAUCAGCAAACGUUUAGCUGAAGCGUGAAUAAUUCAAGCGUGCAUGAAGAGCUUUCUGAAGAGAAAAAAAAACCCGCAAGAAUAAUAAAAAAGAAAUCUUCAAACAUUUGCAUCAGCCUUAGAGGACAAUACAAGCAGCAGGAUUUGAAACAGAUUUACAGAUGCACUCUCUUUAGGCAGGGAGAAUGCUCAUUAAAUGCAAGAUGCUUCUGUGGCUCGUGGGCUUGCACGGAGGUAGAGGUUUGCAAGACUGACGUAUCAGAUAAAGUCAGAGUGGUUACCACACCGACGGUGUAGCAGCUGCAUAAUAAAUGAUGGAGAGAAUCAUGUUAGGCAUGCCCACCUAACCUAACUUGAAUCAUGCGAAAGGGGAGCUGCUGGAAUUCAAAUAGACUUUCUGGUUCCCAGCAGUCGGCAGUAAUAGAAUGCUUUCAGGAAGAUGACAGAUGCAGGGGAAAGAUGCUGUUUUGCACUAUCUUGAUUUGUUACGGCAGCCAACUUAUUGGCAUGAUGGAGUGACAAGAAAAGCAGCUGGCAUGGAAGAUGAACGGGAAGAUGUUCAAAAGAAAACUUUCACAAAAUGGAUAAAUGCACAGUUUGCUAAGUAUGGAAGACGUCACAUUGAAGACCUUUUUAAUGAUUUUCGAGAUGGACGAAGACUUCUGGAGCUCCUGGAAUGCCUUACAGGCCAAAAACUUGCAAAAGAAAAGGGCUCCACAAGAGUUCAUGCUCUGAACAAUGUCAACAAAGCAAUCCACGUUUUGCAGAGAAAUAAUGUUGAUUUGGUAAAUAUAGGGAGCUCAGAUAUUGUGGAUGGAAAUCAUAAGCUGACCCUUGGUUUGAUCUGGAAUAUAAUCCUCCACUGGCAGGUCAAAGAUGUAAUGAAAAACAUCAUGGCAGGGCUGCAGCAGACAAACAGUGAGAUGAUUCUGCUGAGCUGGGUCCGUCAAUCGACUCGCAAUUACCCGCAGGUCAACGUCACCAAUUUCACCACUAGCUGGUCUGAUGGAUUGGCUUUCAAUGCACUCCUCCACAGCCACAGACCAGACUUAUUUGAUUGGAAUGCUGUUUCUUCUCAGUCACCUGUACAACGAUUAGACCAUGCAUUCAACAUAGCCAGGCAACACCUGGGAAUUGAGAAACUGCUUGAUCCUGAAGAUGUUGCAACUGCCUGUCCAGAUAAGAAGUCCAUCUUAAUGUAUGUGACUUCGCUCUUUCAAGUCCUGCCCCAGAAAGUCACCAUGGAAGCCAUCAGGGAGGUGGAGAUGUUACCACGGCACUCAAGGGUCACUAGAGAAGAGCACAUAGAAGUACAUGAACAGCAUUUUUCACAAGAAAUCACAGUCAGUGUACCACAGGGACCUUCGCCUUCUCCCAAACCACGGUUCAAAAGUUACGCAUAUGCACAAGCUGUGUAUGUCACAACCCCUGACCAAAAAAGGAGGCAGGUUCCUCCACAGUUUUUAGAAAGAGUUGAAGAAAAGAAAUUUAGCACCGUGCGGAUGGGGGCAGGAGAUCUUGAAAACUACCAAACUGCUUUAGAAGAAGUACUCACGUGGCUUCUCUCUGCUGAAGAUGCAUUACAAGCACAAGGAGAUAUAUCCAAUGAUGUAGAAGUUGUUAAAGAACAGUUUCACACCCAUGAGGGGUUUAUGAUGGAGUUAACAUCUCACCAAGGACGUGUUGGAAAUGUUUUACAAGUUGGAAGUCAACUUCUAUCAACUGGAAAACUUUCAGAUGAGGAAGAGAAUGAAAUCCAAGAACAAAUGAAUCUACUUAAUUCUCGUUGGGAAAGUCUCAGGAUAGCAAGUAUGGAAAAACAAAGCAAUUUACAUAAAAUCCUCAUGGAUCUGCAGAAUCAGCAGCUAGCUCAGCUAGCUGAUUGGCUGACAAAAACAGAGGAAAGGACAAAGAAAACUGAUUUGGAGCCCUUAGGUCCAGAUCUAGAGGACCUAAAGCGUCAGAUAGAAGAGCAUAAGGCAUUUCAAGAAGAUCUGGAGCAGGAACAAGUCAAGGUGAAUUCCCUAACCCAUAUGGUAGUGGUGGUGGAUGAAAACACUGGUGACAGAGCUACUGCUGCACUGGAAGAGCAGCUUCAGCACUUUGGAAAACGGUGGGCAGCCAUCUGUAGGUGGACAGAAGAAAGAUGGGUCCUUCUGCAAGAUAUUCUUCGUAAAUGGCAGCAUUUUGCAGAAGAGCAGUGCCUUUUUGAUGCAUGGCUUACUGAGAAGGAGGAUGCUGUGAGCAAAAUUCAUACAACUGGCUUUGGAGAUCAGAAUGAAAUGCUGACCAAUCUAAGCAAAUUAGCUAUCCUAAAAGGAGAUCUAGAAAUGAAAAGGCAAAUGAUGAGUAAGCUGAAGUUGCUCAGCCAAGAUCUCCUGGUAGCUGUGAAAAAUAAAGCAGUGGCUCAAAAGCUGGAAAGCCGUCUGGAAAAUUUUGCCCAGCGCUGGGAAAGCCUUGUGCAGAAGGUGGAGAGCAAUUCUAAACAGAUUUCGCAGGCUGUCACUACCACUCAGACAUCACUAACACAGACAACUGUAAUGGAAACUGUAACUAUGGUGACCACAAGAGAGCAAAUCCUGGUUAAGCAUGCUAAAGAGGAACUCCCACCACCUCCACCCCACAAAAAAAGGCAACUCCUUGUGGAUUCAGAAAUCAGGAAGAGGUUUGACUCGGACACCACGGAGCUGCACAGCUGGAUGACCCGCUCCGAGGCAGUGCUGCAGAGCCCCGAGUUUGCCGUCUUUCGGAAGGAAGGGAACCUCUCAGACCUCAAGGAAAGAGUCAAUGCCAUCCAGCGAGAAAAGCCAGAGAAGUACCGAAAACUGCAAGAUGCCAGCAGAUCAGCUGAGGCCCUGGUGGAACAGAUGGUGAAUGAGGGUCUGAAUCCUGACAACAUUAGACAAGCCUCAGAGCAGCUAAAGAGCCGCUGGAUUGAGUUCUGUCAGUUGCUGAGUGAAAGACUGGCAUGGCUGGAGUACCAAAAUAACAUCAUUGACUUCUACUCCCAGCUGCAGCAACUGGAGCAGACAGCAAUUACCGCAGAAAACUGGCUGAAAGCACAACCCACACCAGCAACAGAUCCUGCAACAGUAAAAACUCAGUUAGAAAGAUGCAAGGAUGAAAUCAUUCGAAUGUCAACCCUGCAGCCUCAGAUUGAACGGCUAAAGGCUCAAAGUCAAGCACUCAAGGAGAAAGAACAAGGACCAGUGUUUCUGGAUGCUGAUCUUGCUGCUUUUACCAGCCAUUUCAAACAAAUAUUUGCUGACAUGCAUGCCAGAGAAAAGCAACUAGAGACCAUUUUUGACAGUUUGCCUCCUGCACACUACAAGGAGACAAUGAACACUAUACUUGUGUGGAUGCAGCAGUCAGAAACUAAACUCUCCAUGCCUCAGGUUGCAAUUGCUGAAUAUGAAAUCAUGGAGCAGAGACUCAGGGAGUUCAAGGCUCUACAAAAUUCUCUGCAAGAGCAGCAGAAAGGCCUGACCUAUCUCAGCACAACUGUGGAGGAGCUGUCCAGGAGGGCCCCAGCAGAGGUCAGUCAGAGUUACCGAUCAGAGGUCGAGGUGGUCCUUGGCCGCUGGAAGAAGCUCUCGGCACAGCUGGCGGAACACUGCCAGAAACUGGAGGAGCGCAUCACCAAACUCCAGCGAUUCCAGAAUGACAUUAGAACACUGAAGAAGUGGAUGGCUGAAGUGGAUGUUUUUCUGAAGGAAGAGUGGCCUGCCCUUGGAGACUCAGAAGCACUGGAAAAGCAACUUGAACAAUGUACAGCUUUAGUAAAUGAUAUCCAGACAAUCCAACCCAGUUUGAACAGUGUUAAUGAGAUUGGGAAGAAAAUGAAGAGUGAAGCAGAGCCAGAAUUUGCUUCCAGACUCGAGUCAGAGCUAAAAGAUCUCAAUGCACAGUGGGACCACAUUUGCCAACAGGCCUAUGCUAAGAAGGCUGCAUUAAAAGGUGGUUUGGAUAAGACUGUGAGUCUCAGAAAGGAUUUGUCAGAGAUGCACGAGUGGAUAACACAAGCUGAGGAAGAAUAUCUGGAAAGAGAUUUUGAGUAUAAAACACCUGAUGAGUUACAGAAAGCUGUUGAGGAACUGAAGAGAGCAAAGGAGGAAGCCCUGCAGAAAGAGGUGAAAGUGAAGCUUAUUACAGAUUCUGUGAAUAACUUUAUAGCAAAGGCUCCACCAGCAGCUCAUGAGGCUUUGAAAAAGGAGCUCAAUGUUCUAAUUACCAGCUACCAGCAGCUCUGCAGCAGGCUGAAUGGAAAGUGGAAGACUUUGGAGGAGGUAUGGGCAUGUUGGCGUGAAUUAUUGUCAUACUUGGAUGCAGAAAAUAAAUGGUUGAACGAGAUUGAACUGAAACUCAAAGCAACUGAAAAUGUCCAGGGAGGUGCAGAAGAGAUUUCUGAGUCUUUAGAUUCUUUGGAACGUUUAAUGAGACAUCCAGAAGACAAUCGCAACCAGAUUCGGGAACUGGCUCAGACUUUGACCGAUGGUGGGAUCUUGGAUGAAUUGAUCAAUGAGAAACUUGAGAAGUUCAAUACUCGGUGGGAAGAACUUCAACAGGAGGCCGUGAGAAGACAGAAAAGUCUUGAGCAGAGUAUUCAAUCUGCACAGGAGACUGACAAAGCCCUGCGCUUGAUCCAAGAGUCUCUGGCUGCUAUCGACAAGCAGUUGACAACCUACACUGCAGACAGGGUGGAUGCAGCACAGGUCCCUCAGGAAGCACAGAAAAUACAAUCUGAAUUAACAAGCCACGAGAUUAGUUUGGAAGAAAUGAAGAAACGAAACCGGGGUAAAGAUGCUGCCAAAAGAGUGCUUUCCCAAAUUGAUGUGGCACAGAAAAAGCUGCAGGAUGUGUCCGUGAAGUUUCGGUUGUUUCAGAAGCCAGCCAACUUUGAACAGCGCCUCCAAGAAUGCAAAAGAAUUCUAGAUGAAGUGAAAUUGCAAGUCCCCAAGCUAGAGACGAAGAGUGUUGAGCAGGAAGUAGUGCAAUCACAGCUGGAUCAUUGCAUGAAAUUAUAUAAAAACCUGAGUGAGGUGAAGUCUGAAGUGGAAACAGUGAUAAAAACUGGGAGGCAGAUUGUUCAGAAGCAGCAGACAGAGAACCCAAAGGAGCUCGAUGAAAGGCUUACAGCUUUGAAGCUGCAAUAUAAUGAAUUGGGUGCAAAGGUGACAGAAAAAAAGCAGGAAUUAGAGAAAUGCUUGAAACUGUCCCGGAAACUACGGAAGGAGAUCAAUGCUCUGACAGAGUGGCUCGCAGCGACAGACGCGGAGCUGACAAAGAGAUCGGCUGCGCAGGGGAUGCCGAGCAAUUUGGAUGCUGAAAUUGCCUGGGGCAAGGCAACACGGAAGGAGAUUGAGAAGCGCCAGGUCCAGCUUAAGAGCAUCAGUGACUUAGGAGAGAACUUGAAGGCAGUGAUGAAAGGAAAGGAAAGUCUCGUGGACGAUAAACUCAGCCUGCUGAACAGCAACUGGAAAGCGGUAACUUCACGUGCUGAGGAAUGGUUCAAUCUCCUCCUGGAAUAUCAAAAGCACAUGGAGGCUUUUGAUCAGAAUGUAGCUAAUGUCACUACUUGGAUGUAUCGUGCUGAAAUACUGUUGGAUGAAUCUGACAAACAAAAACCCCAGCAAAAAGAGGAAAUUCUUAAGCGCUUAAAGGCUGAGCUGAAUGACAUUCACCCCAAGGUGGACUCUGUGCGUGACCAGGCCACAGACUUGAUGACAAACCGUGGGGAUCACUGCAGGAAAGUAGUAGAGCCUAAACUCUCAGAGCUCAACCAGCGGUUUGCAGCUAUAUCACAGAGAAUUAAGAGUGUGAAGCCCUUCAUUCCUUUGAAGGAAUUGGAGCAAUUUGACUUCGAUAUACAAAAAAUGCUUGAACCACUGGAGGUUGAAAUUCAGCAGGGAGUGAAUCUGAAAGAGGAGGACUUCAAUAAAGAUAUGAGUGAAGAGGAUGAGAGCACAGUGAAAGAAUUGCUGCAAAGGGGCGACAGGCUUCAAAAGGGAGUCACAGAUGAGAAAAAACGUGAGGAAAUAAAGACAAAACAGCAGCUGUUGCGGACUAAACAUAAUGCCCUCAAGGACUUGAGAGCUCAAAGAAGAAAAAAGGCUUUAGAGAUUUCUCAUCAGUGGUAUCAGUACAAGAGGCAGGCUGAUGACCUAAUGACUUGGCUGGAUGACAUUGAGAAAAAGUUAGCCGGUCUGCCAGACCACAAAGAUGAGCAGAAGCUAAAGGAGAUUGGUGGAGAAUUGGAGAAGAAGAAGGAAGAUCUGAAUGCGGUGCACAGGCAGGCUGAACGCUUGUCUAAGGAUGGGGCUGCCAAAGCAGUGGAGCCAACCCUGAUACAGCUCAGCAAGCGCUGGCAAGAUUUUGAGAGCAAAUUUGCUCAGUUUCGAAGACUCAACUAUGCACAAAUUCAAACAGUUCGUGAAGAUACAACUUUUGUGAUGACUGAAACUAGGACUAUGGAAACCACUCAUGUGCCUUCUACAUACCUGGCAGAGAUCCUUCACCUUCUGCAAGCCUUGUCUGAAGUGGAAGAGCGCCUUAAUUCUCCUGUUCUGCAGGCUAAGGACUGUGAGGAUCUCUACAAACAAGAAGAGUGUCUCAAGAGCAUUAAGGAGAGCCUGGGGAGACUGAAGGGUCAUGUAGAAAUUAUUAACAGCAAGAAGACACCGGCUUUGCAAAAUGUUACACCAAAGGAAGCAGCAAAUAUACAAGAAAAGCUGACUCAACUUAAUUUUGAAUGGGAGAAAGUUAACAAGAUGUACAGGGAGCGACAAGCACGGUUUGACAAAUCCUUGGAAAAGUGGAAGAUUUUUCAUUCUGACAUGAAGAGAUUUAAUCAUUGGCUAAGUGAAACUGAAGAGAAGCUGUCAAGAGCACAGAUAGAGGCUGGAGACGUGGGGCUUGUGAAAACCAAGCAAUUUAUCCAGGAGCUUCAGGAUGGCAUUGGGCAGCAGCAAACUGUUGUCAAAACAUUGAAUGCAAUUGGUGCAGAGAUUAUUGAGCAGUCAUCAGCGGCAGAUGCCAAGGUGCUGAAGGAACAACUGGAAAGUUUGAAUAACCGGUGGAAGGAGAUCUGCAGACAGCUGGUAGAGAAAAAAAAGAGGAUAGAGGAAGAAAAGAAUAUUUUAUCAGAAUUUCAAGAGGAUUUGAACAAGUUGAUUUUAUGGUUAGAGGAAGCAGACAGCGUUAUUUGUAUUCCCCUUGAACAAGGGAAUGAAGACCAGUUGAGAGACUGCCUGAGCAAAGUAAAGUUAAGAGUUGGAGAUCUGCCGCCCCACAAGGGAAUACUGAAACGAUUAAAUGAAACUGGAGGAAUAGCACUUGGAAGUGCAUCACUGAACCCAGACAAGAAACAUAAGCUUGAGAGUACACUGAAGGAGGCUAACCAUCGUUUGUUAAAGGUGUCCAAAGAUCUUCCAGAAAAACAAAAAGAAAUAGAGAUUCUGCUAAAGGAUUUUGUUGAACUUGAUCAAAAGUUAAAUCAGGUGAUAUUGUGGGUGACGCCUGUCAAGAACCAGUUGGAACUUUACAACAAAGUGGGUCAGCCAGGAGCCUUUGAUAUUAAGGAAACUGAAGCAGCAGUGCAGGCUAAACAGCCGGAUGUGGAAGAGGUUUUGUCUAAAGGGUGUCAUUUAUAUAAGGAAAAACCAGCUACUCAUCCAGUAAAGAAAAAACUAGAAGACUUGGAUGCUGACUGGAAGGCAAUACACCACUUAAUUCAACAGCUAAAGGAAAAGCCAGCAUUAGCAGCAUUUGGCCAUCCAUCUUCAGGUGUCUUCACUCCUGGUGAAACUGUUGCUGUGGAUACACAAACCAGGGUAACCAAGGAAACCACCACCUUCAAACCAGAAAUGCCAUCUUCUGUGCUUUUGGAGGUUCCAGCCUUGGCUGACUUCAAUAAAGCAUGGGCAGAACUCACUGACUGGCUUUCUCGACUGGAUCGAGAGAUAAAAUCUCAGAGAGUGAAAGUAGGUGAUCUUGAUGACAUCAACGGCAUGAUCAUCAAACAAAAGGCAAUACUACAAGAUCUGGAGCAAAGACGUCCCCAACUGGAUGAACUAAUAACUGCAGCACAAAAUCUAAAAAACAAGACGAGCAACCAAGAGGCCCGGACAAUAAUUACUGACCGCAUUGAAAAGAUACAGAGCCAGUGGGAUGAAGUGCAUGGAUACCUCCAAAGCCGAAGACAGCAGCUUCAAGAGAUGUUGAAGGAUUCAACACAGUGGCUGGAAGCUAAACGAGAAGCUGAGCAGGUUCUUGAACAAGCAAAAGCUAAGCUUGAGUCAUGGAAAGAGAUUUCCUACACCGUGGAAGCUUUGAAAAAGCAGAACACAGAACUUAAGCAAUUUUCAAAAGAAAUACGACAAUGGCAAAUAAAUGUAGAUGUGGUAAAUGACAUGGCUCUUAAGCUGCUCCGUGAUUAUUCAGCAGAUGACACCAGAAAUGUACAACUGAUGACAGAUAGCAUCAAUGCAUCGUGGGCUGCCAUUAAUAAAAGGGUUUGUGAACGUGAAGCAGCUCUGGAAUCAGCCCUAAGAAUGUUGCAGCAAUUCUACCUGGAUCUCGAAAAGUUCCUUGCUUGGCUUACAGAAGCUGAAACAACUGCAAAUGUCCUGCAGGAUGCUACACACAAAGAAAAGACACUAGAGGAUGCCAAAGUGGUUCGGGACCUCAUGAAACAGUGGCAGGAACUACAGGCAGAAAUUGAUGCUCACACUGACAUCUAUCACAACCUGGAUGAAAAUGGGCAGAAAAUCCUGAGGUCCCUGGAAGGCUCUGAGGAUGCAACCCUGCUGCAGAGACGUCUGGACAACAUGAACCUCAGAUGGAGUGAACUUAGGAAGAAAUCCCUAAACAUUAGAUCCCAUUUGGAAGCCAGUACUGACCAGUGGAAGCGACUGCAUCUCUCUCUUCAGGAACUUUUGGCAUGGCUGCAGUUGAAAGAGGAUGAAUUAAAACAGCAAGCACCCAUUGGUGGAGAUCUUCCAACCGUGCAGAAACAGAAUGAUAUUCACAGGACUUUCAAGAGGGAGCUGAAAACAAAAGAGCCUGUUGUCAGGAGUGCCCUUGAGACUGUGCGGAUCUUCCUGGCCGAGCAGCCCGUGGAGGCAGUGGAGAAGGUCUGCCCAGAGCCCAGAGAACUGUCACCUGAGGAAAGAGCCCACAAUGCCUCCAAACUUCUGCAAAGGCAAGCAGAUGAGGUCAGAACCGAGUGGGAUAAGCUGAAUCUACAGUCUGCCGAUUGGCAAAAGAAGAUUGACGAUGCUCUUGAAAGGCUGCAGGGCCUCCAAGAGGCAAUGGAUGAGCUGGACCUGAAGCUGCGCCAGGCUGAGGCAUUCAAGGGGUCCUGGCAGCCAGUGGGGGAUCUGCUAAUUGACUCUCUGCAGGACCACUUGGAAAAAGUCAAGGUUUAUCGAGCAGAGCUUGUUCCCCUUAAAGAAAAGGUGCAUCACGUCAAUGAGCUCGCUCACCGCUUCACUCCCUCUGAUAUUCAACUCUCCCAGUACAAUCUCAGCUGUGUGGAAGACCUAAACACAAGGUGGAAAGUGCUACAGGUGGCUGUUGAUGAGCGCAUCAAGCAACUGCAUGAGGCUCACAGGGAUUUUGGCCCUACUUCCCAGCACUUUCUUACCACUUCUGUCCAAGGCCCCUGGGAGAGGGCAAUCUCACCAAACAAAGUGCCGUAUUAUAUCAACCAUGAGACCCAAACGACCUGCUGGGAUCAUCCCAAGAUGACUGAGCUUUACCAGUCAUUAGCUGACCUGAACAACGUCAGGUUCUCGGCAUACAGGACUGCCAUGAAACUCCGCAGGCUGCAGAAAGCUCUCUGCCUGGAUCUCCUGAGUCUGUCUGCUGCAUGCGAUGCCUUGGACCAGCACAACCUCAAACAGAACGACCAGCCAAUGGAUAUUCUGCAGAUCAUUAACUGCCUGACCACCAUUUAUGACCGACUGGAGCAAGAGCACAAUAACCUGGUCAACGUUCCCCUUUGCGUGGACAUGUGCCUCAACUGGCUUCUGAAUGUCUACGACACGGGUCGAACAGGAAGGAUCCGUGUUUUAUCCUUCAAAACUGGUGUUGUAUCCCUUUGUAAAGCACACCUGGAAGAUAAAUAUAGAUACCUGUUCAAACAAGUGGCGAGCUCCACUGGCUUCUGUGACCAGCGGCGGCUGGGGCUGCUGCUGCACGACUCCAUCCAGAUCCCACGGCAGCUGGGGGAGGUGGCCUCCUUCGGGGGCAGCAACAUCGAGCCGAGCGUCAGAAGCUGCUUCCAGUUUGCCAACAACAAACCAGAGAUUGAAGCAGCCCUUUUCCUGGACUGGAUGAGGCUGGAACCACAGUCCAUGGUGUGGCUGCCUGUCCUGCACAGGGUGGCUGCUGCUGAGACUGCCAAGCACCAAGCCAAGUGUAACAUCUGUAAGGAGUGCCCCAUUAUUGGAUUCAGGUACAGAAGUUUAAAGCACUUUAACUAUGACAUCUGCCAAAGUUGCUUCUUCUCUGGCCGUGUUGCAAAAGGUCACAAAAUGCACUAUCCCAUGGUGGAAUACUGCACACCAACAACGUCAGGAGAAGACGUCCGUGACUUUGCCAAGGUACUAAAAAACAAAUUUCGAACAAAAAGAUAUUUUGCAAAGCACCCACGAAUGGGCUACCUGCCUGUGCAGACUGUCUUGGAGGGAGACAACAUGGAAACUCCUGUUACUCUGAUCAACUUCUGGCCAGUAGAUUCUGCGCCUGCCUCGUCCCCUCAGCUCUCACACGAUGAUACUCAUUCACGCAUUGAACAUUAUGCUAGCAGGCUAGCAGAAAUGGAGAACACCAAUGGUUCUUACCUAAAUGACAGUAUUUCACCUAAUGAGAGCAUUGAUGAUGAGCACUUGUUAAUCCAGCACUACUGCCAAAGUCUGAACCAGGAGUCCCCCCUGAGCCAGCCCCGAAGCCCUGCCCAGAUCCUGAUUUCUCUGGAGAGUGAGGAAAGAGGGGAGCUGGAGAGAAUCCUCGCAGACCUGGAGGAGGAAAACAGGAACCUGCAGGCAGAGUACGACCGCCUGAAGCAGCAGCAUGAGCACAAGGGUCUGUCUCCACUGCCGUCCCCCCCGGAGAUGAUGCCGGUUUCUCCGCAGAGCCCCCGUGAUGCCGAGCUCAUUGCAGAAGCCAAGCUGCUUCGCCAGCACAAGGGCCGCCUGGAAGCCAGGAUGCAGAUCCUGGAGGAUCACAACAAACAGCUGGAAUCACAGCUGCACAGGCUGAGGCAGCUGCUGGAGCAGCCACAGGCAGAUGCCAAGGUAAAUGGUACAACACUGUCAUCUCCUUCUACCUCUUUGCAGAGGUCAGGCAGCAGUCAGCCAAUGCUUCUUCGUGUAGUUGGCAGCCAGACUUCAGAAACCAUGGGUGAGGAUGAGCUGCUCAGCCCUCCCCAGGACACAAGCACAGGUUUGGAGGAAGUGAUGGAGCAGCUCAACAACUCCUUCCCCAGCUCCAGAGGAAGAAAUGCCCCUGGAAAGCCAGUGAGAGAGGCCACAAUGUAGGGAGCCUUUUCCACAUGGCAGACGACCUGGGAAGAGCAAUGGAAACCUUAGUGACCGUGAUGACCGACGACAAGGUGUUAGAAUAGCAAGAUGUGUUUUACAACUUCAGGCGUUCCGCAUGGUUUUUAUAAUAUUCAUACUACAAAGAGGAUUAGACUGUAAGAGUUUACAAGAAAACAAAUCUAUAUUUUUGUGAAGGGUAGUGGUACUAUACUGUAGAUUUCAGUAGUUUCCUAAGUCUGUUACUGUUUUGUUAACAAUGGCAGGUUUUACACGUCUAUGCAAUUGUACAAAAAUUAUAAGAGAACUACAUGUAAAAUCUUGAUAGCUAAAUAACUUGCCAUUUCUUUAUAUGGAACGCAUUUCGGGUUGUUUAAAAAAAAUUUAUAACAGUUAUAAUGAAAGAUUGUAAACUAAAGUGUGCUUUAUAAAAAUAAUUGUUUAUAGAAACCCCCUUAAAAAAAACCACAAAAAAAUAUACUGAGGCAGUGCAUUUGUUUAGUUUCAUUUCAGCUCUGUAACAGCAUCAGAGAGAUUCAUGUCCUGUGUUCUUUUCCUUGCCUAUCAAAAAGGAAAAAAAAAGGUAUUUCCUGCAGUCAGAACAGAAUGGCCACCUUACAUUUCUCAUUGGUUUUGUCUGACUAGGGCUGGCUUAGAAAAAAUAACCAAAAAACCUGAACUUCCAAUGAAAGUUUAUCUUUCCAAUAAAAUUAAGAAUUACAUGACUUACUGUCCUGGUUUUGGACAGCAACUAGCAACUACACAGCUGGUUUGCAAUAAUUAAAUGAAAGAGCACAUUACAUGACAGAGCCUGCAAAAAAAAAAAAAAAACAAUCAAAAAAGAAAAAACUCAGAAGAAAGAAGGAAUUUAACGACCAUCCUGUGUUCCAGUGUUUCUUCUGCUGACUAAAUUCCUGGGUACUUUUAGUAAGGGAAUGUAGACAUUGCCUUACUGUUUUGAACCCUGUGGCUCGAUGGCUCAGCCAGGGCUGGGAGCAGCUCUCCCCCUGCUGUCACCUUUGCUGCAGAGGAGAGAAGAGAGGGAGAUGCUCCCCCCAGCCCCUGUGGCUCUACUUCUGACCCCAAGCACAAGCAGGGUACCCACAGAGCUCUGUCCAGCUCCCAGUGCUGGCAGUGAGCACGGAGCUCCUCUGGGAGAGGAACCCAGAGCUUUCCACUGUCACUGUCUCAUCCUGCUGCAGCAGCCGGUCCCAAGGAGCUGUGGUGCUGCAAGCCACCUUUGGGAAAGGCUGUGGAAGAGUUACUGCUGUUCUUGCCUGGAAUGGUGAUCAGGUGAAGGUAGUCACACUGCUCCAUGAAUAUUUAUCACCAAAACAAAGGCCCUGGUGCUUUGUUCUUCCCCGUUUCUCUGUACAAGUAACCCCUGCACAAUUAACUAGAAGGUGAGAAAGAGGAGCUGAUAGAGAAACAGGUUAGCCAGCUUGACUGCAGCUCUGUGAGAGAGAGGUUUGGGUAUGAGGUGCUGUCAGCAAAAGCUUUACCACUUCAUUUUCUUAACCAGCUUUUAAUUUUACCAUAAAAUACAUAGAAACACAACCAUCUGACUUUAUAUUGCAAGAGUAAAAAAAUCUGUUACCUCUUCUUGUAUGAAGUGUAAUUAAACUUGGGAAAGAUUUUAUUUUGAAUGCUAGUUAACAUUGAACAUGGCUAGUCAUGCUAUUUCUACCUCACUUUGGUUUUGUGGUGUUCCUGACAAUUACGUAUGACAAUGUUACAUCACCACCACGUGUCCAUUGUGUGACCAGGUCUCAUUGUUUAAGUAAUAACAACAUUAAUUAUUUACAAAAAAAGUACAAUCCCUCCCAAACCUCUGCUUUCCUAAUAAAGAGCUUUUUAACACUUGAUUACAGUAGAAACCCUCACUAUUUCUCAUGGCCUUUUUUACCAGAAGGUUUAAAUUGCAAUUUGAGAAAGAGAUGGGUUUCUUCUUUCCCCCCCUUAUACAUUAAACCUUCUCUUCAGAAAAAUUGUGGAGGAAAAACAGGUUGCACGAUUGUUUUCAUCAGGGUUUUGUUUUGUUUGUUUUACUUUCUAGAUCUUAGUUUUGGAGUGAGUCUGUCAAAAAGUAUUUAAAAAGUUGAAAGCUUUAUUGCUGCUUUUUUAAGCAUAAUUUGGGAAUUAUUUCAUAUUCCUUAUAAUGACAAAGUAUUAAACUGUACAACAUAAUCAGUGUAGUUGAAUACAUAAAUACCAUAUGGCAUGUUAUUUCAUCGUUACUCAGUACUGGUUUAUUACUUGGAUAUCAUAAUAUAUUGUGUUUUAACACCAACACUGUAACAUUUACUAAUUAUUUUUAUAAACUUCUGUUUUACUGCAUUUUUUUCACAACAUACCAAAUUUCACCAAAUAUAUGCCUUACUAUUGUAUUAUAUACUGCUUUACUGUGUAUAUCAAUAAAGCACGCAAUUAUGUUAUAUAAAA